AUGAAAGCUUCCUCUGUUUUGGACCUUGACAAAAAAUGGUUUAUGGUGCCCCUUCCGUUGUGCGCACGCAGUCUCAAAGAUAUUGCCAACUCCACGACCUCUAAGGAGGAGAUGGACGCGUACUACCAGGAAGCCCAAGCGAUCUUGGACGAUCAGCGUAACCAAAAUCAAAUGGAUCGUGACCGUUGGUAUAGCUCCCAGUUUCUUAAGCGUGGUACAAUUGCUGACAAAAUUGCUUCUGCCGCGGUGAAGCUUGCGGAUACGGAUUUUAUGUUCUUCCUAGACGCUUUCGACCUGCUCUUCGAUACCGCGCGCACGGAUGCACACCACUAUGAAGCAGCGCUCAAGGCACUUGCGGCCGUUUGGCCAAAACUCCUCCCACCACGACCACUUAAGCGGUUCGUUUCGCAGUACUUCGCUACCCUUCCCACUGAAGAGGGCAACCGAAAGCGUGUCUUGGUUUACUGGUUUUUGGAGGACUAUUUGAAGCGCACCUAUACGCAAUUUCUCUCUCUCAGCGAAGCAAUGCUAAAGGAUCGACUCCUCCAGAGACGUGCGGCGUGGCUGGAUGUCGUCGGUAAGCUCCUGUGCUCCAUCGCAGAGUCCCGCAGCGUUGCGGCGGCGAUGAUAAUCGACAAGCUCGGCGACAAUAGCUCUCAGAUAAGCCAUAGUGCAUACCACCAUAUCCUCAAGCUCUUGUCGGAGUCAUCUAUGCAUCAGACAAUGCUUCUUACCGAGCUUGAAAAGGUGGUGUUUAUGAAAAAUUGUCCUCUUCAAACGAUGCGGUAUGUGACGAAUAUCAUGAACCAAAUAGUGUUCAGCAAAGAGGAGCGAAAACUAGCGCUGAGGUGUAUGCAAAUUUAUCUUUCCUUGUUCCGACAACUAGUGCACACCGGAAAUGUAGAUUCCAGGGUAUCAAUGGCGAUCAUUGUCGGCUUGCGGCGGGCCUUCCCAUACACAGGAACUGAUAUCGCACCGCUCGAGGAGCAUCUGAACGCACUGUAUGUGGUUGCCAAUGUUGGUAAUUUCCAGGAGCGCGUCGCGACGCUAUCACUACUGCAGCUGUUGGUCCUACAAAAAGGCUCGAAGGAGACGUUCCAGAACCGGUGGUAUCGAGCCUUGUAUCGGCUUCUCCUCGUUUCGCCCAAGCAGUUCCCACAAUCAACGCAACUGAGCAACUUCUUCUCGAUGCUGCACAAAGCCAUUCGAGCGGAUAAGAACAAGGAGCGUGUGGCAUCCUUUGUGCAUCGACUAAUACAGCGUUGUGCCUACUUCAGCGAUGCUGUCGUCUGCGCUGUGCUCCUUCUCGUUGGUGAAAUGGCGAAUACUCACAGUUAUGUACGGGAACUGAUUCGUGGGCCUCUCUCAGCGUUUCAUAAAUCUCAGAAUUUGUUGCAGGACAACGUCCGCUAUGAUCCGAAGGCGCGAGAUCCGCAAUUUUCUCGGGCCUCGUCGGAGUGCGUUUGGACGCUGCACCUGCUCACUCGACACCCGCAUCCUUCAGUCGCCAGGCUGGCUGUGCUGCUGCUCCUCGGUGAGGAGCUCAUUUUUGACUCCCACCCCCUCGAUGAUAUGACAACGAUGAACUUUCUACAGAUGUUUGUCGACGCGAAAGGAAAAGGUGACAAGGACGAGGGAAAGGCUGAUAUGAAAGCGGGUGCAUCUGUCUUCUCCCGCACUUCGCACAUUCCCAACAUCCCGAGUUCUUCGGACGCGUAUUUCAUCCAGGCAAGCGCGCAGGACAUCGAUGUUUCGGCUCUUUUCCUGCAUCGAUACGCCGUGCAACGGCAGCGUUUCUUAGACGCCUUAUCGCAGGUGCGCUCGACGUGGGGGGAUGCGAGCGGCGAGGUGGACGUGGCGUUGCGCGUCACUGCCCUUGACAGCGCGCUUUUCGGCCCUUCCGGGAAGCUAGCGGCGCUUGAAGACGAUGGCGAUGUCCACGGGGAGGGAAAUCUACGGAAGACUAAGAAUACCAAUCUAAGAAAGCAUCACGAGGAUAAUGCAAAGGAGGAUGAUGGUUCACGUUUUGAGAGCGAGGUGAAGAAGAGGAAGGGGCAUAUGUCUGAUGCGAUCGAGCAGGAUUCCGAUGCGGCUAGCAGCGACAGGGGUUUGGAGUGGGGUGGCCUAGACGACGCUGAUGUGGAGAGCGCAAACGAAGGUGCUGCGGAUGAUGAGGGCGAUGGUACCGCUCUUGGUGGGGAUCGUCACCGCUAUGACGACGACGGAGACGACUUCGCAGAGGUGAUUGAGUCACACCGGAAAGAGAUUUCCCGAAAGCGCAAGCGUGAAGAGGACUGGUUGAACGCGCGCACCGCUCUCAGCUCCAAGAGACGCUCACGUUGA